AGCGCGUGGGCGCCGCGUGGCUUUGUUUAGGGGCGGGGCCUUGCGCUCUGGGACCCUGCCACAGUGGAUACCCUGUGUGCCUGUCAUUUCAUACACAUGCAAGGACGUCCAAAGGCGGAUACCAGAAAUGAAGUGAUGGGGUUAAAGGAGGUGUAACUUCAGUCUUAAAGGUGCUGUCAAAUUGCCCCUCCCUUGAGGUUGUUCCAGUUUCUCUCCAACCAGCACCAUAUGAGAAUUCUAACCACAGCCCUUUCAGUGGGUCUCGGUCUUCCUUGGUCCUCUCGAUGCGUGGCGUGUCCUGGCGUAAGGAAAAGGAAGAGCUGAGUUCCUUGGAGAAAAUUAUUUGUGGACACGAAUCGUGCUUCUCCAGUUUGGGGUGCGUGACUGAGUGCAAACAGCUAUGAGAAACCACAGGAUGGACGUGAUACUACUUCCUGGAGAAAUCUGUCUUACCUGAGGAAUCAGAAGGGAAAAACCAAGUGAUGUACUUAUCUGUUGCAGUAGCCUUGUUUCCAGAACUCAGUUGUCAUAUGUGGCUAGUGGCAAGCGCGUUGGACAGCACCGGUGGAGGUGACUCAGCGACGGAAGGACCUCCCUCGGAGUGAUGUCCGGCAUCUCGCGCCUCCCCUCUGCCCGCCCCAGUAUCUACCCCACCUCCCCAGCACGCUGCCCCUCUCCAAACGCGGCCCCUCAGGGGCGAGGACAGGAUGCCUGCUGCACGAGGGAAAUCCAGGUCCAAGGUGGCCCCCUUCUUCCACCUUCAAGCCAGCAACAACAGGUCAAAUCACACUGGUGCUUCAGAUCCCCCCACUUCCCUCUCUGCUCUCCUCUUCUGCCACCAGCAGGAGAAAAAUCUGCUCUCGUGGGCCCCUGUGAUUAACUGCCUUGGGCCCCCCUGGAUUAUCUCCAUAUUUUAAGGCGCCAGUGACGUUUGGGGAUUUGGCCAUUUACUUCUCCCAGGAGGAGUGGGAAUGGCUGAACCCCGUUCAGAAAGCACUAUACGAAGAUGUAAUGUUGGAGAACUACCAGACCCUGGCCUCUCUUGGACUUUCCUUUCGGAGGCCAAAUGUGAUCACCUUAUUGGAGAAAGGGAAAGCGCCCUGGAUGGUGGAGCCAGUGAGGAGACGCCGGGGCUUGGACUCAGGGUCUAAAUGUGAGACCAAGAAGUUACCUCCAAAUCAGUGCAACAAAUCUGGGCAAAGCAUCUAUCAGAAACCAGUUUCUGUGCCACAAAAAGUUUCCACAGGAAAGAGGGGCUGCAAGAAAAAUUCAGUCCUGGUAAAACCCAAGAAAGUGCAUUCAGGGAAGAAAUCUUUAAAAUGUAAUGACUGUGGGAAAAUCUUUAGUCAAAGCUUAUCUCUUGAACUUCAUCAGAACUCUCAUACAGGAGAGAAGCCUUAUGAAUGCAGUAAUUGUAGAAAAGCUUUCAGGCAGAUCUCAUCCCUCAUUCUUCAUCAGAGAAUUCACAAUCGGAGGAAAAGCCAUAAAUGUGAUAAAUGUGGGGAAAGCUUCAUUCAAAGAACAACCCUCAUUCUACAUGGGAAAACUCAUGAUGGAAAGGAAACCUUUGACUGUGGGAAGGCCUUGAGUCAAUGCCCAUCUCUCAGUAUCCAUCAGAAAAUGCACUUUGUUGGGAAUGUCCACCAGUGCAGAAAAUGUGGGAAAGCCUUCAUUCGAAUGUCAUCCCUUUUACUUCAUAGGAAAAUUCACAAUGGAAAGAAAGUACAUAAAUGCAGUGUAUGUGGGAGAGGCUUCAGUAAGAAAUCAGUCCUUGUUACACAUAAAAGAAUUCAUACUGGAGAGAAAACCCAUGAAAGUGGGAAGACCUUAAGUCAGAGUCUACAGCAGAGAAGUCACCAUUUAGAGAAUCCUUAUAAAUGCAGAAAGUGUGGAAAGUCCUUCAAUAGGAUUUCAUCCAUUAUGCUUCAUCAGAGAAUUCACACUUCAGAGAAACCCUACAAAUGUGAUAAAUGUGAGAAGGUCUUCAGGCGGCCUUCAACCCUUAUUCUACAUCUGAGACUUCAUGUUGGAAAGAAACUCUAUAGAUGCAAUAAAUGUGAGAAGGUCUGUAACCGGCAUUCAUCCCUUAUUCAACAUCAAAAAGUGCAUACAAAGAAAAAGAAACUGUUUGAAUGUAAGGAAUGUGGGAAGAUGUUUUCUGGAACUGCCAACCUUAAAAUACAUCAGAACAUUCAUUCUGAAGAGAAACCUUUCAAAUGUAAUAAAUGUAGUAAAGUUUUUGGCCGCCAGUCAUUUCUUAUUGAACAUCAGAGAAUUCAUACUGGAGAAAAACCCUAUCAAUGUGAGGAGUGUGGGAAAGCCUUCAGUCAUCGCAUCUCUCUUACUCGACAUAAGAGAAUUCAUAGUGAAGACAGACCCUAUGAAUGUGAUCAGUGUGGGAAGGCCUUCAGUCAGAGUGCACACCUUGCCCAACAUGAAAGAAUUCACACUGGAGAGAAACCAUAUACGUGCAAAACAUGUGGGAAGUCCUUUAGUCAACGCACAUCCCUUAUUCUGCACGAAAGAAGUCAUACUGGAGAGAAGCCCUAUGAAUGUAAUGAGUGUGGGAAGGCCUUUAGCAGUGGCUCUGAUCUUAUUCGGCAUCAGAGAAGUCAUUCUUCAGAGAAACCCUAUGAAUGUAGGAAAUGUGGGAAGGCAUAUAGUCGGAGCUCAUCCUUGAUUCGACAUCAGAAUUCACAUUCUGAGGGAAAAGCCUGAAGCUAUUUUAAUUAUGUGAAAGCAAAGAGUGAGGCAGAGGCAUGGGAAAAGUGCAUUUUUCUGUAACGUAAAGUUUGUCUAUAACAUAAAUUUUGGACCAUUUGUUGAUGUGUCUCACUUUGAAUGCCAAAGAGUAAAAGUCAUUGGUGACUUUUGACCUGAGCAUUUUAAAUCAGCUAAGGUAAUGGCCUUAUUGUAGGUCUUAAUUUCAUACUAGCAUGUCAGAUGAUUGGAUCAGUCAUUUUUAAUGAGUAUCAUUCUUCACUUGAUAAGAGUCACUGACAUUUUGUUCCGAUGGUAGGUUUUAAAGCUGUUUCAUUGGUCGUAUGCAACAAAGCGGAAUUGUGAAGUCCAUUUCUGUGGAUGGGGCUUUGAGCCUGAUUUAAGGUCACCUGAAGGAAGAGUUUGAGUUUGUCCCUUAAAACUAUAACUGUCACAUGUAAGGGACUUCCUGGGAAACGAGGGUGCUGUUUUUAGCUGAUAGAAACUUCUGGGAUCAGCAUAAAGAAGAGUGAGUCUUUAUGUGGAUAAAGAUAGCACUCAAUUGUGUGGAGCAGUAGAGUCAUUAGCAGCUGACUCCGUGGAUGUGAAGGUACAUGAUCUUCACAGUAUGGAGACUCUAACAAACCUGAGAUGGGCUAAUAGGAAAAAAGGUAGGAUGUUCUGAGGAGCAAGGAACUUCAGAGCCGAGAGAAAUUAUUGUUUUAUUUGAAGAGAAAUUUGUCUAUAUUUGUAUGAAUAACAUUGGUAUUUUUAUGUAAGAACACUAGUCUGCAGAAUGGAAUGUCAUGGACUGAAUGUGUCCCCCCAGAAUUUAUGUUGAGGCCAUACCCGCUAUGUGAUUGUAUUUGGAAAUGGGGCCUUUGGGAGUUAUGUAGUUUUGAUGAGGUCAUGAGGUUGGGGCUUUCAUGGUAGGAUUAGUGUCUUUUAAAAAAGGGACACUAGAGAGCUUGCUCUCUCUGCCAUGUGAGGAAGGCAGCCAGAAGGCAGCUGUGCAAGCCAGGAAGCUAGCUGUCACCUGUAUCCAGCCAUGCUGGCAUCCUUAUCUCGGACUUUCAGCCUCUAGAACUGUGAGAAAUUUCUUUUAAGUCACAUGGUCUAUGGUAUUUUGUUAUGGCAGCCCACACUGACCAAGACAUGGGUGAAACCCUGGAUUUGUGUAUCAGGCUCUUUUCCUGUCAGCUGUUCAUCAUAUAUAAUAGCUUUCAGUCCCUCUUUCCAGCUUGUGUGAAAUAUGCAAGGAAUAAAAUAAGAGCUCUUUUUUGUGGU